CUUUCUCCUUGUAGCAGCUGCAGCCGAAGGAGCCUCCUGUGCGGUGUGGGUGGGCAAUCAGAGCUUCCUCCGGAGACCCCCUCCGGAAAGAAGUGAGGGGUUGGGGAAUUUGUUUACCCCCCUCUACCCUCCCUCUCCACUCCAGGUGGGAAUCUACAACCUAGCGGGAAGAUUAUUGGGCUCUGGAUGCCCGGGACUUGGAUCCUGAGCCCCUGACAGCCGGGCUGCAGAGGGGUGAAGUUUGGGGCUGCCCGCCGCGGAGAUCAGGGCCACCUAGCGUCCCCAGGAUCUCCAGGAGAGAUGCCGAUGGGGGGCCUGCUGCCCAUGUUCAACAGCCCUCCCGGGGGCGGGUUGGGCAGUGGAUUGGGAGGUGGGGGCGGUGGCACUAUUGGCGGCUUGGGCAUCAGGAAGGUAGCCGGGCCGGGCGCUUUCCGUCUGACCGAGAAGUUCGUCUUGCUGCUGGUAUUCAGCGCCUUCAUCACCCUCUGCUUCGGGGCGAUCUUCUUCUUGCCGGAUUCUUCGAAGCUGCUUAGCGGGGUCUUCUUCCACUCCAACUCGGCCCUCCAGUCAGCUUCCGAUCACAAGCAGGGGCUCGGCUUGGGCGGCAUCGGCGCAGGGAGUAAGGGGGAAGGCGAGGGCGAAGGUGAGAGGGCAGCAGCGGUUGCCGCGGCCGCGGCCGCGGACAAUUUGGCCAAGAUUCGAGAAGACCACGAGCGAGCCCUAAGAGAGGCCAAGGAGACGCUGCAGAAGUUGCCCGAGGAGAUUCAGAAAGAUAUUCUCCAGGAAAAGGAGCAAGUUCUCCAAAACGAACUGCUUAAUAAAGGGAAUGCCGGUGGACUGCCUCACCUGGACUUCCGCCCUCCUAUUGGGGCUAUAGGACGAGAGCCCACCGAUCCAGAAAUCCGUCUGAAGAGGGCAAAGAUCAAAGAGAUGAUGAAACAUGCCUGGGAUAAUUAUAAACAUUAUGCCUGGGGAUUAAAUGAACUGAAACCUUUAUCAAAAAAAGGACAUUCAAGUAGUUUAUUUGGCAACAUCCAAGGAGCAACAAUAGUGGAUGCCCUAGAUACUCUUUACAUAAUGGAAAUGAAAGAUGAAUUCAGGGAGGCAAAAGAAUGGAUUGAAAAAUAUUUGGAUUUUAAUGUGAAUGCUGAAAUUUCAGUUUUUGAAGUGAAUAUACGUUUUGUUGGUGGACUUCUCUCAGCUUACUAUCUCACUGGAGAAGAGAUAUUUCGAAGGAAAGCAGUGGAACUUGGAGAAAAAUUACUUCCUGCAUUUCAUACUCCCUCUGGAAUACCUUGGGCAUUGCUGAAUUUGAAGAGUGGAAUUGGUCGAAAUUGGCCUUGGGCAUCUGGAGGAAGCAGUAUUCUGGCAGAAUUUGGAACCUUGCAUUUGGAGUUUGUACACUUGAGCCAUUUAUCUGGGAAUCCUGUCUUUGCUGAAAAGGUGUUUGGAAUUCGAAAUGUUCUGAACUCACUGGAUAAACCACAAGGCCUUUACCCCAACUAUUUAAACCCCAGUAGUGGACAGUGGGGUCAACAUCACGUAUCAGUUGGAGGACUAGGAGAUAGCUUUUAUGAAUAUUUGCUGAAGGCAUGGCUAAUGUCAGACAAGACAGAUUUGGAAGCUAAGAAAAUGUAUUUUGCAGCUGUUCAGGCCAUUGAGACUCAUUUAAUCCGGAAAUCCAGCGGUGGUCUGACCUACAUUGCAGAGUGGAAAGGUGGCCUUUUAGAACACAAAAUGGGUCACUUGACUUGUUUCGCUGGAGGCAUGUUUGCCCUUGGUGCAGCCUGUGCUUCUCCUGAGCUAACACAGCGUCACAUUGAACUUGGUGCUGAAAUCGCCCGCACAUGUUAUGAAUCAUAUAACCGCACUGCAAUGAAACUGGGACCAGAAGCUUUCAGAUUUGACGGUGGUGUAGAAGCCAUUGCUACAAGGCAGAGUGAAAAAUACUACAUCUUGAGACCUGAAGUGGUUGAGACAUAUAUGUACAUGUGGAGAUUAACACAUGAUCCAAAGUAUAGAAAAUGGGCCUGGGAAGCUGUAGAGGCACUGGAAAAACACUGCCGAGUGGAUGGAGGCUAUUCUGGCCUCAGAGACGUUUAUCUUAAGCAAGAGACUUAUGAUGAUGUACAGCAGAGUUUCUUCCUGGCAGAGACCCUGAAAUAUCUCUAUUUGCUGUUUUCUGAUGAUGAUCUCCUUCCACUGGAACACUGGAUCUUUAACACCGAGGCUCAUCUCCUACCAGUUCUCCGCAAGGGUGGUCAAGAACUAGAAGAAAAUCACAAAUAAAAAGAUUCUGAACACA